CCACGCUCUGGUCUGGCCGCUUGCCUGCCAACAGCAGCACCACCUCCUCCGCAACGAUACCGACUCUUCAGAAUGCUGCUUCUCUAACGCGUGACUGAUACCCCAAUAGCAGCCUGCCUGUUUGGGAAUAGCGAUGCUCCCCGCGGUCUUUGCUUUUACGUCACGCCAUCCAUCCCUGUUCCAUACGUUUGCGGGGAUGUUUACUCGGCUCUUCCCACGAAACCUAGCGUUUUUGAUCCAAAUAGGAAAGUUUCAUCGAACCGGUCCUAUGAACGUGAACGCAGAUCAUCCCCCAAGGUUUUCGGCGCAAUAGAAGCAUGUUCAUGGCGGCGGAUGUACACCGAACAUGUGGGGGAGUCGAGGAGCUUGCCCGAUAGUAGAGCAGACGUUGGGGCGUAAGCUUCGUUUGUAGAGACGGUGAUGCUAAAGCAGCUUCUUAUUACGGAAGUCCGGUAGCAUUGGGUUAUCUUGUCCUUCUGGAUAUAAAGAGGUCGACUGCUGCUCUCAAGUGGAGCUUUUUUGUUCUUCAGCAACCCAACUUCAUCCAACAGUUUCAUUAUCCACAUACAAGGCAUCUAUCGUCAUCAUGGUUGCCAUCUCCAAGAUCGUUUUCGUUGCCUCUGCCGCCGUCGGCGCCAUGGCUGCCCCUGCUCAGGCUCAGUUCGGCUCUCUCGUUCAGUUCGAGAAGCUCUCUGCUGUUCCCACUGCCUGGGCCUCUGCUGGCAAGGCUGACGGUGCCACCGUCGUCAAGGCUCAGAUUGGUAUUAAGCAGAACAACAUCAAGGGUCUACAGGAGAAGCUCAUGGACAUUGCCAACCCCGAGAGCCCCAACUACGGCAAGUGGCUCUCCAAGGAGGAGCUUGCCAAGUUCACUGCUCCCGCUGCUGCUGAUGUCGAUGCCGUCAAGGCUUGGCUCGCCGCCAACGGCAUUACCCAGGUGUCCAUGCCCACCAACGAUUGGAUCGAGUUCAGCGCUCCCAUCCACCAGCUCGAGUCCCUUCUUGACGCCAAGUACGAGAUGUACACUCACUCUGAGACCGGCCACAAGGCUCCCCGCACCACUGCCUUCUCUAUUCCCGAGCGCCUUCACUCCGUGAUCGACGUUGUCACCCCCACCACCACCUUCUACAACAGCAUCCGCCCCUACGUCCACAACUCUGUUGCUGCCAGCUCCAACACCCCCGCUGCCAUCAAGUCCCAGUACAACGUUGACUACACCCCCGUUGGCAGCUCCCUCGUUGCCACCACCGGCUUCCUCGAUGUCGGUGCCAACCACGACGACUUCAACAACUUUGUCGCCAGCUACUCUUCUGGUGCUCCCGACUUCCUUGACGUUGGUGUCAACGGCGGCCAGAACAGCGGCGACGGCAGCCAGCUGGAGGGUAACCUUGACACCCAGUACAUGGGUGGUCUUGCCAACCCCCUCCAGAGCGAGUACCUCGCCCACGCCCCUACUGGUGCUGACCAGACCUCGUUCAACGACGCCAUGCUGGCCUUGACCAACUACCUCCAGACCACCGACAAGGCCCCUACCGUUGUCUCCACCAGCUAUGGUGGUGAGGAGAAGUACGUCUCCACCAACUACCUCGACCGUAUCUGCAACGAGUUCGCCAAGGUCGGUUCGCUCGGUAUCUCCGUCUUCUUCUCCUCCGGCGACUACGGUGUCGGUGGCAACGGCGAGUCCAGCUGCCGCUCCGGCUUCUUCCCUACCUGGCCCGCCUCGUGCCCCUACAUCACCAGUGUUGGUGGCACCGACUUUGAUGCCUCUGGCAACGAGGUCGUCGCCGACUUCUCCAAGUACAGCAGAGCCACUUCCCCCGGUGGUGGUUACUCUGGCCACUUCCCUGCCCCCGACUACAACAAGGCCGUCACCUCUGCCUACGCCAAGAGCCUUCCCGCCUCUACCCAGCAGAAGUUCAAGGCUACCGGCCGUGGUUACCCCGAUAUCUCUCUUGUCUCCGUCAAGUACCCCGUCAUUCUCGGUUCUUCCACCAAGUCUGUUCUCGGCACGUCGGCUUCUUCCCCCGCCACCGCCGCCCUCAUCGGUCUCAUCAACGACUACCGCCAGUCCCAGGGCCAGCCCAACCUCGGCUUCCUCAACCCUCUUCUCUACUCUUCCAAGGUCAGCGCUGCCAUCCGUGACGUUACCUCUGGCUCCAACAAGGGCUGUGACAGCACUGGUUUCCCCGCCAAGUCUGGCUGGGAUGCCGCCUCUGGUCUCGGCUCUUUCGACUUUGCCAAGCUCCGCCAGCUUGCUUAAGUUUUUUCAUGAAACAAACAAAGUAAAUAUUGCACAUAGCAGCUAAAUAAGUAAAAUAGUAA